AUGUCAGCGCUGAAAAGGUGCGUCAGCGGCACAACUGCCGAGCUUACGCCCAGGCCAGCCGCAGCCCUCGCGGCACUCAUCUGCGCCGUCCUCUCCGGCGCGCUGUCCGCCUGGGCGGGGUGGAAGGCGAGCCAGGUGCACCGUUCAGCCGACAGCACGCCAGGCGUGAUGGAGAUCCCGGCGAGCGCGGUGCUGGGGGUUGCGUGCUUUGUGUAUCUCUGGGCGAUGGGCGCGAUUGCCAGUCGCGCACGCCACGCCCACCCCCUGCUCUUCGCCUUCACGGCCUUCUUCGGCCCCGCGGGCGCCAUCUACACCAUCGUGCUGGCCGCCAUGAACCUCGUGCACCGGCGCGACCGCGUGCUCUGGGACACGUGUGUGUCCGAGCUGGGCAACAAGACCGAGACUGCCGAGUGCGACCGCGAAUGGCACAACCUCUGGCGGCCGUUGACUAUCGCUGCUAUCGCUGCGGCUGGCCUGCUGAUCGUCCUGACGGCCUACGUCCUCGCGUACCUCCGCCAUAUCAACGCGGUGCACGCGGCCAAGCGGCGCACCGAGAACUGGAUCGAGAAGGACGCGCUGCGGCGGGACGCGGGCAUCGGGCGGCUGGUGAUCACGCACCACGUGCCGUCGCCGUCGUACACGGAGACGAGUCUGCCCAUCUCGCCGGCGUCGACGGCGCACCUCAACCCGCACCCUGCGAGCCCGAGCCCGAGCGCGACACCAUACACGCCAUACUCGCAGCAGCGGUACAUCCCGCACUCGCGCAGCCAGAUGUCGGGCGUGUCUGCGUCGCUGUCGGGCCACCACGGCCCGGCGUACGCGCCAAGCGAGACAGUGACCUACUACGACGACUUUAGCGAGACGAUGCACUCGGAGAGCGGCGACGCGCGCGCGCUCGACGAGCGCCUUGCCGGCGGCGCAGGCGGCAUGCGCUCCCCGCCCCUGCCGGUCGUCGACGUCGACCGCGAGUUCCAGGAGUACAUGUCCGCGUCGGGCCACUCGCGCUCCUACUCGCGCGGCACGACGGCUACGGGGUACUACUCGGCGUCGGCGCACUCGGGGUACUACUCUGACGAGGCGGAGCCGCGCACGAGCAAGGUCGGGCGGGCGUUCUAG